AUGGAUACACACGGCUGGAGCAGCUACUUCUACUCUGCACCAGGCCGUGAAGUUCGAGUUGAACCAUUAGGAGUCCCUGCCGAGAAAUUGCUAGGUUUCAUUGUCAGUCACCGCGGCAUUGAGUUAGACCCGUCAAAGAUCAAAUCUAUUCAAGACCUGCCACCACCGAAGAGCAAGAAGGAUGUAUUGAGUUUUCUAGGCUGCCUGAAUUACAUACGUCGCUUUUUAAAGCUGGCAACAGUAAUAUGCGAGCCAAUCUUCAAAAUGAUGAGGAAAGAUAUUGUGAUGAGUUGGACCAAAGAGUGUCAAAAGGCUUUCGAUAUAAUCAAGGAGUACCUGUCCAAGCCACUUGUGUUGGUCCCAUCGGAGCCCGGGAGACGUUUAUUGCUGUACCUAUCUAUGUUGGAUGGAGACUUUGAUUGCGUCUUGGGGCAACAUGACGAGAAUGGAAGGAAGGACCAAGCAAUAAACUAUCUGAGUAAGAAGUUCACACCUUACGAAGCACGGUACUCUUUGUUAGGACACGGCGCUCAAGAGCAAACAUUGGCCGAUCACCUGACAGAGAACCCCGUGGAUGGAGAAUACGAACCAUUGAAGACGUAUUUUCCCCACGAGAAAGUGUCGUUUAUAGGGGAAGACAUUGCUGAAGCAUAUGCUGGCAGGAGAAUGUUUUUCGACAGAGCUGCAAACUUCAAAGGAAUAGGCAUCGAAGCUGUCCUGCUGGUAAUAAGAGAUUCAGAUUUGCUAAUACGUCAUGUACUCGGAGAAUGGGCCGCCAAAAAUACUAAGAUAUUUCCAUACCUGUACUGUGUGCAAGAUUUGAUCAAGAGAGUACCUGAAUCAAUCAUUACCGACAAUUAUGACAAGCUCAGCAGUGAUCUAAUGAAAGCCACGUGUGAAACAUUCAAAAUCAAGCACCGAAAUUCUACAGCAUAUAGGACACAAAUAAAUGGAGCCGUAAAAGCCGCCAACAAGAAUAUCAAGAAGAAACUAAGGAACAUGGUGGACAACUACAAGCAAUGGCACGAGAAGCUACCAUUUUCUCUUCUCGGGUACCGCACCACGGUCCGCAUAACAACUGGGGAAACCCUCUAUUUACUGGUCUAUGGUACUGAAGCUGUCAUACAUACCGAGGUGGAAAUUCCUUCCCUGAGAAUCAUACAGGAGGCCGAGCUCAGCGACGCGGAAUGGAUACAGAGCCGGUAUGAGAAAUUCGCUCUCAUUGACGUCAAAAGGAUGAACGCGUCAGGCGUUACCCAGGGUGACUCAAACAAGGCAUCAAGAGAAGAGCGGAGACAAAAUGAGGAAUCGAGAGCACGAACCUCCCUCCCUAAAAAAUUCACAAUUUUCCUUUGGAUGCAGGCCUAA